UCUCUCUCUCUCUCUCUCUCCCUCUCUCUCUCUCACACACUACUGAAACACUAUCUCACUCUCCCUACUUUCUGUCUCUGUGGAACACAUCUGAAGAUCAGGAUGCUAUGCUGUAGAGUGUGUGUCCUGGCUGUGCUGUUAUCUCUUCUCAUCCUCAUCCCCUCCACACAAUCAGCACAUUGCUGUCUGAAGUACACUCGUCGUCCAUUGCAAUGCAGACGGCUGAAAAACUACACCCACCAGCCCAUUACUUCCUCCUGUGACAUCCACGCUGUCAUCUUCCACACUUGGAUGGACAAGUUUGUGUGUGCCGACCCCUCUCAAGACUGGACCAAGAGAGUACAACGCUGCCUGCUCAAGCGUCAGGAGAAUAAAUCUAAACUGAAGAAAACUCUCUGAUCUCAUGACCCGGAUAUGAUGUGGAGAGGGUUUCAUGACCCGGAGAUGAUGUGGAGAGGGUUUCAUGACCUGGAGAUGAUGUGGAGAGGGUUUCAUGACCUGGAGAUGAUGUGGAGAGGGUUUCAUGGCCUGGUGAUGAUGUGGAGAGGGUUUCAUGAGCUGGUGAGGAUGUGGAGAGGGUUUGGGUCUGGACAAAUGUACAGCUCUACCUUUCAUUAUAGAACUAUUAUAGUAU